UUUUUGAUGUUGGAAGGGAUGUUUGGCGGAUAUACUGAAUACAGCUAAACAAGGCAACGUAGUGACGUCGGCGUCGGAAAAGAGGCAGAACACGACGGACGAGGAGGAAGAGAAAGAAACCCUUAACGCACCCUAAACAGCUGCUGGAGCGCAGAAUAGGGACGCGAGGCCACGGGGGCAAGUAGCACGAGGGGCGCGCGCAGAUAACCACCUGGCGACGCGAGCGCUCCCCUUUUUCAAUCCAGUAUCGACCGGCUACCAGUGAUAAUUUCAUAGAGCGAUACUAAUCGAAACUGAGGCAUAAUGUGGAAUCGACCUGUCGUAAUGACUUGAAUAUUAGUUUUCAUUCGUUAUCACCAAAGUGGUCGCGAAGUGCCAAUAGUUUUUAGAACAUGUUUGAAGACCUGUUACGUCGUCCUUUUUGUUUCACACGAAACUUUAUUGUAGUUUGCGAAGCGUCGGGACGUCCAGCGCCGCCGUCAUAAACAAAGUUGUCGUUAUGGCCGUCGCUGCCGCGAGUUAUAGUGUAGUGGCGCAGAACCGGGGGGUGAACGACGAUAAUAGUUCACGGAGGUGGUGUUCGGGUUACGGUCACGACGGAAUGUGAACAGGACUCCUAGUGCAUCAAUAGUAGCGGUAGCAUGGACAAUAUCGGUAAGAUGAUAGACCAGCAGACACUUGGAGAACAAACGGUCGAUUCCGCAGAAGGUGGUGCGCAUGCGAGCAGCAUGGAAACACAAGCCGUCCGAAUGAGAUUGGUACCGCGCGCCGUUGUCGAAAGGCACCUUAUCAAACAAGAGGAAACGGACGCCGGAGGGGCUCUAUCCGUCAUAGUGCAACCCCAGGAGGACUCUAGAGAUUCGGAGUUACUUAGCCCUGGAAAGUUGUCCCCCACGUCUGUUGGUGUUGCUGGAAUGAUAGAUGCCAACGAUUUUCGUACACUUCAACCGGAGCCGACUUAUCAAACGUUGACUUCCGUAAACGGUCGUAUGUCACCUCCAGGAUACAGUCCGAACUCUUCUUCGUAUGCCACAUUGACACCCCUGCAACCUCUACCUCCAAUCUCCACCAUGUCCGACAAAUUCGCCUAUGGACAUGCUAGUAAUGUUACGGGUUCUUUUACUGUUAUGCAAAAUAAUGGUUUAGGUAUCGGUUUGGGACUUGGGCCCGUAAAUGUUAAUACUGCUUACACCAUGCCCAACAUGAGCAUGAGUCCUCCUCAUGGUUAUUCUUCUCCUAACAUGGCCAUGCAGCAGCAGCCUAGUCCGAUUAGUCCCCAAAGUGCAUAUAGCCAGAACGGAUUGGCUUCUCCUCAAAAGAGUAUGUCUCCUCCAAGUUACGAUUCGCCAUACGGUACCCAAAGGGAUCUGGUAACACGGUCUCUACAAAGUCCUACGCUUAGCCCUCCUUCAGCAUCUUUAAACUCACCUGGAGGAACUUUAGUCACUAGUUUUAGCGGGGCGACAUUAAAUGGUCUCACACUUCAACACAAUCCUCCUCCAGCCUUGGUGCAAAUUGCAGCCCCUCAAAGAGAAUGCUCACCAUCGCCUCCUGUUUUGAGUAUCCAACCGCCUCAACAAACAACAACCGUUCAUCAACAAGCUGUCCAGCAACAGCAACAGCAGCAACAACAGCAACAGCAACAAUCUCAAACGCAACUUCAACAAAUACAAGCGAAAAGUACGACUUCCAGUUCAUUGAGCGUCACCAGCAUCACCACGGACGUUGAAGAGAUUAACACCAAAGAAUUGGCUCAGCGGAUCAGCGCGGAGUUGAAACGGUACAGCAUUCCUCAGGCUAUUUUUGCCCAAAGAGUACUUUGUCGUUCUCAAGGUACUUUGUCAGACUUACUCAGAAAUCCAAAGCCUUGGUCGAAAUUAAAAUCUGGCAGGGAAACAUUUCGCAGGAUGUGGAAAUGGCUUCAGGAGCCAGAAUUUCAGAGAAUGUCAGCCUUGAGACUUGCAGACAGCCAGGUGCGCAAUGUUAACGUGAGGGCAGUCAACCCCAAGCGAAGAAAACCACCUUCUUCAUCUUCAUGCUACUGCUCAGAUACCACAACGAGGCAAUUGCAAGAGGAAAGACGAUUCGAACAGUUCGGAUCAAAUUCCUACCCCCAAGAAGCCCCGGCUGGUUUUCACCGAUCUGCAACGCCGUACUCUACAGGCUAUUUUUAAGGAGACGAAGAGGCCAUCUAAAGAAAUGCAGGUGACUAUUGCACGUCAACUGGGAUUGGAGCCCACGACAGUGGGCAAUUUCUUUAUGAACGCAAGAAGAAGAAGUAUGGAUAAGUGGAAAGAUGAGGAUCCUAAAGCAACAAAUGCAACCCUCCUGCAUCAGCAAAUGUCACCCGGAUUGGACCAGGACGAUCAGGACCAAGACGCUGAUCUGGACAAUGACGUCGAUGAUAACGAAGAAGUGUUGUGACAUGCAAUACGUGACGCCAUUUGUUGAUACUGUGGACAACUUAUAGUGAUGGCGUUUGUAUUUUAUCAAAAACAGUGCAGGCUUAAGCAGCUACACUGGUAUUUGACCAGGAUGUACAUUUUUUGAAACAAGAAACCGAAAAACACGUACCUACUGAGUGACAGACUGGGUUCGAAACGUUGUUACCAAGUUUUAAAUUUUAUGUUCCAAUUAGAAAUUUUAUUUUUUGUUUUAAAACAACAAGUGCAAGCUUUAUGUACUACAGGCAAAGUUCUAAGCUUGUUAGAUUAUUUAAAUUUUAUCAAAGUACACAUUUUAUUUUAUAGAGUAAACGUAACGUUUGCAUUUAAUAGUUUAGAAUUAUAUUUUUGUUAUAAUCAUUUUUUUCGAAUUAUGUUUAUUUUCUUUUUUGUAGGUACUCGUUUAGAAUAUUUUUCAGUUUUGCGUAUAUCGUUUUGCAAUACGGAUAGGUCUCGAUUUUAUUUACAUUUCUAUUUUUUCGUUAGAAUUUUUUUUAUUUUUGGUAUUGCAAGACGUUCGUGGACAUUACGUACUUAAAGCAAUCAAUAAAAUUAAAACGCUUUGAUUAAACUUACCGUUUAUAUUCAGCUUUCGUAAUGGUUAUUUAUUUUUUUUUUGUCGUUACUUUUUAAUAUUUUUAAACAAUUUUUAACCAGGAAGUGAAUCUGCAGGUUCACAAAACGGAAUACUUUUUAGUUUGCUUUUUUACUUUUAUGUUUAUUUUUAUCUGCUUUAGACUUCGACCUAAUACUAACUUUAUCAGGUAGUUUUUCAAAAAUAGAAAAAAAAAAUAAUUAACGAGAUAUUUAGGGGCUGUUAAUUACGAGUCUACUUGCUUUCUAGUCCUUGAUUUUAUUGUCCUUAUUGUCGCAUUUAAGAUAGUUGUUAUUUACGUUUAUUGCCAUUCAAAGUGAAAAUAAAACCUGAGGAAGGCUAUUGCAAAAAUACUAUCAGAUUGAUCGCCGUAUAUAAGUUAACGUAGCUUCAUCUAGCAAUAACAAGUACCUGUAUAAUUUACCUGGGAAUUGCGUAAAAAUGCGCUUUUGGUCUGACAAUCACUUGUAACAAAACAAUUUAUACAUUUUAUAUAUUUAUUUAAUGAUUUAUUUUUGGUGUAAUGUUCAAAAUACUAACUAUUAACAAAAUUAAGUGAUGUAUUUGUUUAUGAAAAAAAUGCGUAAAUUCCAGGUAAAAACAAAUUUUUUGCAGUGGCCUCAUUUAUUUUAGAUUUUUACGUAAAUUAUAGUUUAACACAUAAGUGCAAACAAAGCAUCUUUAUUUUGUACAUAUUAACUAGAGGUCCC